UUAUAAAGCAUGACUUAUAGUAAAGUACCUGAAACAUACGAUUGAAAAUCCCCAUCUUCAUCCAGUGAAUGUACUCAAAUAAAAUACAUGCAGAAACCAGUUUCCAAAUCUAAUGAUUUUGGUUUUCUUCAUGUCGGUCCACCACAAAUCAGAUGAGAAAGAAUUUGAUGUGUUUCGUCGUUUGUAUGGAGCCCAUCAAAGAUUUAGAGGAGUUGGACCCUUUCCCGCACAGAAAGGACCUCAUUGGGCAGCAUGUUUAUCCAGCUGGACCUUCUGUAACACCCUGAAGGAGGGUAAAUCCACCUUAGAAGUGCUGCUACCCCGAUUGUUGGAGGACCCAGUGGGGGUAUUCGCCUGUGCUGCUGGAGAGGGCGUUCUUUCCUGGAGAGCAUACACAAAUGAUGUGGUCCUUGCUAUACGCAGAAGUCAGAUGCUGAUCUGUGUCCUGUCAACUGACUAUCUCUCCAACAGCAAUGCUUUGUUCGUGCUGGAAUCGGGAGUUCAGGCUUUGCUGCAAAACACUUCCCUUAAACUCCUGCUGAUUUGGACCACGAGAGACUCAGCAGCCCUCAUCCAGCCGGACCCCCCGCUGCCAGCACUGGUCAAAAGGGCCUUGAAGGUGCUUCCUAGUCUGGACUGGAGCUCAGGCAAAACUGCCAGGACGACCAGCAGCUUCUGGAGGUCUCUGAGGAAGGCCAUGCCCAGUCAAAGAGUGAACAUGGUCUCCCUCAUGCAGGGACAAUUAACAGACUGACCAAGAACUUAAUUCUAAAAUGUUCAUUUAUUUUAUAAAGCAGCUUGUAUUAUUGGAUUAAGCAUCAUGGACCUGUUGCAGGCCAACGCAAGUGAGGGAGAAAAAGUGAGUCACCAUUCGUUGCACUCAAGAGGAGUGUAUGCUUAUCUUUAAUUUCCAUCUGUACCACAACUGUGUUAAGUGUAAAAUGUAAGUAAUAAUUACCGUUUCAUACAACACCGGCAUUAAACAUUAAGAAUUAAAUAAAUGAGGGAUUUCUGAUAGUACAUAGUCAUGAUCAAAGUAUAACCCAAACAAUGUUUACAUUUGUACUUAUAUUACCUUUAAUAUGGCUGUUUGUAAAGGUUUAAGAACAGUAAACUUGUCAUUGGUAGAUCAUCUGUUGUCUCAGCAUACAGCAAUAAACAUUUGACACAAUACAGAUCAUUCAGAAUUUUUAUUUGACUGACUUUAAGAUAGAUAUGUAUUCAAGAGAGGUCUUAACAGUGGAUAAUUGAUCCAUUUGGGGGAGCAUAACAUGCGGGUAACCCACUGAGGAAUACAGAGUUUCUGAUUAUCGGGAUUUUCCAAAAGGAGGCACAGGAGAAGUCACUGAGGUACCCUAUUUAUCUAAACUAAUAGGAGUGGGGUAAUAUUCCUGAAGCAUGGGGUUUCUGAUUUCAAAGUGGCGAGGAAGAGUUUUUACCAGUACCUAAUCAUUACUGACUUGCAGUUUAAUCCCCCAUAAUCAUGUUGUAUAACUAUUACCAGCACUCUGGUAUCCUUUAAAGGUGGUGUUCACACAAAUAACAGUAUCAGUCCUUUCAAUGGGAAAAUAAGAAAAAUUCACAGCCACAUUUUGCCAGACUUGUUUGAACAGACAGAUAUAGUAUUGAUUAAACAAACCCAGAAAUACUGGCCCAACGCACAAA